UCUUAAGCGACAGUUUUUUGAGCCAAUCAGAGAUGUCUCCAGCAAAGAACCACACCAAUCCGACUCAGGAGGGAGGAAUGUGCGGAUUGCACCUGCACUCCGGGAGUCACUUAACGAGUCUCGGCUCCCUUCGCCAAUCGGAGCGCUGGGUCGCGGGGCACCGCCCACUGGGCGUGGAAAGAGCCGGGCGGGGCUCAACCUGGGGAUUGGAGUUCAGUCCCCGCGCGCGGCCGACCGUGAAGCUACCUGUUCCCUGGAGUGUGGCUGCGCCCGUCACGUCGGGAUCGUCACCGUGAUGGGCACCAAAGCGAAAGCCGGGAGGAGACAGUUACUUUUCUUCACAUCUCUGGUCCUGUGCUCCCUGGUACAAGGCAAAGGUUCAGUGUACACAUCUCAACCUAACGUGAAAGUUCCUGAGAAUAGUCCUGUCACGUUGUCCUGCACCUACUCUGGCUUUACCUCUCCCCGGGUGGAAUGGAAGUUCGUCCAAGGUGACACCACCAGCCUUGUUUGCUAUAACAGCCAGAUCACAGCUUCCUAUGCAGACCGUGUUACCUUCUCACCAAAUGGCAUCACAUUCCAAUCUGUGACCCGGAAAGACACUGGGGCAUAUACUUGUAUGGUCUCUGAGGAAGGUGGUAACAACUAUGGGGAGGUCAGCAUCCAGCUAACUGUGCUUGUGCCUCCAUCCAAGCCUACGGUCAAUAUCCCAUCCUCUCUCACCAUUGGGAACCGGGCAGUGCUGACCUGCUUGGAGCAAGAUGGCUCCCCACCUUCUGAAUAUUCCUGGUUCAGGGAUGGGAUAGAUAUGCUUACGGAUGCCAAGAAAACCCGUACCUUUUUCAACUCUUCCUACACUGUCAAUCCAAAGACCGGGGAGCUGAUCUUUGAUCCUGUAACAGCCUUUGAUACUGGUGACUAUUCGUGUCAGGCACAGAAUGGGUAUGGGACACCAGCGAUGUCUGAAACUGUACGCAUGGAAGCUGUGGAGCUGAAUGUGGGGGGCAUCGUGGCAGCUGUCCUAGUAACACUGAUUCUCCUUGGAGUCUUGAUUUUUGGCAUCUGGUUUGCCUAUAGCCGAGGAUACUUUGAAAGAACAAAGAAAGGGACUUCAUCAAGUAAGAAGGUGAUUUACAGCCAGCCUAGUGCUCGAAGUGAGGGGGAAUUCAAACAGACCUCAUCAUUCCUGGUGUGACCUGCUUGCAGCUCAUCUCCUGCCCUCGGCUUACCUUACUCAGGUGCUACAGACUCCAGCCCCUCAUGUCUGUAGUCUCACACGAUGCCUUGAUUGUCUCGUAGACCCCACAGGAUCCCUCACUUUUAUUUUAGCUAGGAUAUGAUUUUAACAACAUCAACUUCCACACCUUCCUCUUUCCUACCCCCCCCCCUCGCCCACUGCUGUGUGGCCUGAGACUAAAGUUUUCAUUCCAAUUCCCUCCGUGGGAAUGCACAGGAGUCCUAGAGUAAACAGCAAGAGUGGUCAGGCUCUCAGGAAUCUGAAACUAGUACCUGCUGGCUGCAGUGGCCUUUGAGGAAGGAUUUUAAGCCUCAUCUCUCCUGAAGUGGACUGGUGCCGCCGCCUGCUCUGGAGUGGGGACUGGAGAAAGUGGCUGAGCAGUUUGAUGAAGACUGAAGCGUUUGAUGAAGACAUCAACUCUUCAGUCUCUGGAACCUACUCUCCUAUCUCACAAAAAGUGCCACUGGGAUCCUCCUGAAUACAAGCAGAUCAAUACUAUGUCCAUUCGUGGUGGGAGAGCUUAGUAGACUCCUGGGAGACUUGGAGUGAAAAGGACUGAAACCACUGAUUUAAAGAAUAGAAAGCUGAAAUGGUAGCCGUCAGUCAUUCUUCCCUUGCCUGGAACAACUGGACAGACCCUUUAAGAUAUCUGUGCUGUGAGGAUGUGUGUGCUUUAGCUUUGUCUUUUUGUUGGGUUGUGUGUGUGUGUGUGUGUGUGUGUGUGUGUGUGUGUGUGUAUAUAUGUGUGUGUGUGUUCUUAGCUAUAUGCUGAAAUUGGAUUUUGUAUGGGAGGGCUUCUUAGGUCUUUGAUAAGAUUGUGUUUCUGUGUAUUUGUAUUAGCCAGAUGUUACUGGAAAUAAAAACUUGGUUUGUCAAAUCUUCUUUUUAUGAAAAGUAGGAGAAUGGGAUCUUUGAGCCCUGAGCUCCUUUAUAUUAUAUAAACAGCAAAAUGUCUGCAGGCCCUGCUUUCUCUGUGGGUAGUCCCCAGGACCCUGUCGUGAUGCUCCAGAUUCGUCAUUCAAGGCAAAGCUUUCAGGCUUCAGAACCUGAUUCCACAGCCUCCCAUAGCCAGGAUGAAGCUGGUGCUGUGCUUGGGGGCAGGGAGGUGGGUUCAGGGAGUAUAGUCAAGUGAGGGGAGAAAGGGCCUGCCCACCCACCUGCCCAGAGGAGUGCAUUAAUGGACAUCUCUAAAGCUUCAAGGGGGAAUUUCUCAGAUCAUUUGAAGAAGUACUUUAAUAACUUAAAGUAGCAACUGUAUUUAGUGAGUGGAGUUCUGGAGAAGAUAUUUUGAGACAGGAGCAGAGUUUGGUGGUCAUGGUUCUUCCCCUUUAAACCUCUUUAUGCCUUUAAAAAACUAAGCAAUCACUUAAGGGCCAUGCAGCAUAAAACAAUUUCUAGAGGAAAUAAAAUCCAGUUACAUAAAAGAAACUUAUGGAACGGUUCAGUAAAGAUAAAACUUUUUCAAGUA